AUGGGUGUCGGACGUCGUAUGAAGAAGCAGGGUCCUCCUCAACCCCUUUCCGAGGAACACUUUGCAAAACUUAAGCGCAAGGCCGGUCUACCUGUCGAUCCCGUCGUCGAGGCGCCCGAGAAGAAGAAGCGAAAGACCAACACAAAGGAGAGGACGGUCACCGAGCCCAAGAGAAAUGGCGUCGCCGCUAAGAAGGAUGUCAAGAAGACAAAAGUUGCCAAGGCUGCAAAAGCUGCGGCGCCUGCUCCAGAACCAAAGGCCAAUGGCAAGGUGAAGAAGAGCAAGAAGGCCCCGACGCCGGCGCCGGCGCCGGAGGACGUGUCCGAUGAGGAGAUGGACGAUGAGUUUGACCUUGAAGAUCUCGAGGGCGAUUCAGAUCUGGAGGGCGGCGCCGGACUUGGCGACGAUUUCCUCGGCUCAGACGACGAUGAUUCUGUAUUCGACUCUGACGAAGAUGCUGGAGGCAAGAACACGAAGGCUAUGUUCUCUGAGGACGAGGACGAGUCCGACGCCGAGGAGAAACUCACAGCCGCCAACAUCGCGGGUCUUUCGAGGAAAUUGGAUGCUCAAAUGGCAGAGGAAGCUGCCGAAGCUGAGGCUGAGAUGGCACAAGAGGCUCUCCAGACCAACAUCCACGGAGACAAGCCUCACAUUCUGUCCGACGAAGACAGCGACGAUGAGCUCUCAAAGAAGACAAACGCCCUCCUAGCCCCCGACCUGCAACUUUUGCGAACAAGAAUCACCGAAACCAUCCGCGUCCUCGACGACUUCACCAACCUGUCCGAGGAGGGACGUUCAAGAGUUGAGUAUACAUCACAACUUAUCAAGGAUAUUUGCUCUUACUAUGGCUACUCUGAGUAUCUCGCUGAGAAGCUCUUCAACCUCUUCACCCCUCGUGAGGCUUUUGCUUUCUUUGAGGCUAACGAGUCAGCCCGUCCUGUCGUCAUUCGCACAAACACUCUGCGCACUCAUCGUCGUGAUCUUGCCCAGGCUCUUAUCAACCGUGGCGUUACUCUAGAGCCCGUCGGAAAGUGGUCCAAGGUUGGCCUCCAGGUCUUCGAGAGUAGCGUACCCCUCGGUGCUACUCCUGAGUAUCUUGCCGGCCACUACAUCCUCCAAGCUGCCUCCUCUUUCUUGCCCUGCAUGGCUCUCGACCCCCAGGAGAACGAGCGCGUGCUUGAUAUGGCCGCUGCUCCCGGUGGAAAGACUACUUACAUGGCUGCUAUGAUGAAGAACACCGGUAUCGUCGUGGCCAACGAUCCUAACAAGGCUCGUGCUAAGGGUCUUAUCGGUAACAUUCACCGUCUUGGAACGCGCAACGUCAUUGUCUCAAACUAUGAUGCCCGUGAGUUCCCCAAGCCUAUGGGCGGCUUCGACCGUGUUCUUCUCGAUGCUCCCUGCUCUGGAACUGGUGUUAUUGCAAAGGAUCCUAGUGUCAAGACCAACAAGACAGAGCGCGACUUCAUGCAACUCCCCCAUAUUCAAAAGCAGCUUGUUCUCGCCGCCAUCGACUCAGUCAACCAUAGCUCCAAGACGGGCGGUUACAUUGUUUACUCAACCUGUUCCGUCACCGUCGAGGAGAACGAACAAGUCGUUCAAUACGCCCUCUCUCGUCGCCCCAAUGUUCGCCUCGUCGAUGCUGGCCUCGCAUUUGGAAAGGAGGGUUUCACCAGCUACAUGGGCAAGAAGUUCGAUCCCUCUAUGCGCCACACCCGCCGAUACUACCCUCAUACCUACAACGUGGACGGUUUCUUCGUUGCCAAGUUCCAUAAGAUCGGCCCCACGCCCGCCAACGCGUCCAACGCUCGUGACCGUUCUACUGGCCCCGCUGAUGAAGACGAGGUCAUCGACAGAACGCCUAUCGCCACAGAUGAUGAGGAGACAGGCAAGACGAAGCCCGACGACGAUUUUGGCGGCUGGGACGAGGAAGAGGAUAAGGAGUACAUGGAGAAAGGACGAAGGAAUGCCAUGCGCCGAAGGGGUCUGGAUCCUAAAAGUAACAGCAAAAAGGCAAAGAAGGAGAAGGAGAUGACGAAGCAGAAGUAG